AUGGAGAGCUUCGACGACGUGGCAUUCUUGGGAACUGUGCCUGAGCCGUCCAUUCAUGACGACCAUCUGCCACCUGCCAUUAGUGAUGCGAGGCUAAAGAAACCCGGUGAUGGGGAGUCGGCGGAUCCAGACACUCCCACUUCCGACCGUUCAAUCAACUCGGGUCGGCUUCCUACACAAGCAGGCAACGAACACAGUGCUGGAACACCCAUUUCAUCAGAAUUCCCCCAGGAAGAGGAAGAUGAAGAGCCCAAGGUCGCGACAUCCUUUGAGCGGGAGUCUGGGGCGGCCUUUGCACAAAAGCACCGGUCUGGCGUGGACACAGAAGAUGAGGGGAUCAACCGCAUGCAUAAGUUCACCCUCUACGAAACCGCAACUCGGUUCUACAUGGUGGGGAUCAAUCUGGCAGAGACGCGCUUUCGAAUCUUGAAAAUCGAUCGCACUUCAGAAUAUGGCGAGCUGAGCGUGACCGAAGAUGAUAUGAUCUACUCCAAAAGAGAAAUGGUCCAACUUUUGGAUGCGAUUGACGAUGGAAACAAAAGUUCCGGUGGCUUGAAACAAAAGUGUAGUGCAUGGGCACUUCUGGGCUUCAUCAGAUUCACCGGAGCCUUUUACAUGCUCCUGGUUACUAAAAGAAGCCAAGUGGCCGUACUUGGUGGGCACAACGUCUACCAGAUUGAUGAAACAGAACUGAUCUCGUUGACAUCUGCCGAGCCCUUGCGACUGAAGUCGGAGAAGCAGUCGGAAGAAGAGAGGUACCGGGCGAUACUGAGCAAUCUUGAUUUGACUCGGUCAUUCUACUUCAGCUAUUCUUACGAUAUCACGCGGUCUCUGCAGCAUAACAUCUCGCGAGAGCGCGAAGCACAUCACCAGGGCGCUCACCGGUUCUUACCCCGAGACUACAACACAAUGUUCAUCUGGAACAAUCAUCUUCUUGCCCCAGCAGUUCAGGCUCUGAAAAAUCCAUACGAAUGGUGCCUACCAAUCAUUCAUGGCUAUGUGGACCAGGCCAAGAUGAGUGUCUUUGGACGUGUAGUCUACAUUUCCAUCAUCGCUCGGCGGUCUCGAUUUUUUGCGGGAGCACGCUUUCUUAAGCGCGGUGCAAAUGACUUGGGUUUCGUUGCCAACGACGUUGAAACCGAGCAGAUUGUGUCUGAGCAGACCACCACUUCAUUUCACUCCGCUGGUCCUGAGCUGUACGCAAAUCCGAACUACACAUCCUACCUCCAGCAUCGAGGCAGUAUUCCUCUUUACUGGACCCAGGAGAACACAGGCGUGUCGCCUAAGCCAGCGAUUGAGUUGAACCUUGUUGAUCCAUUUUACUCCGCCGCGGCAUUGCAUUUUGACAAUCUCUUUGAACGAUAUGGAGCACCAAUUUACAUCCUCAAUCUCGUCAAGUCCAGGGAACGUACUCCUCGGGAAUCUAAACUACUUCAUGAGUUCACCAACGCAGUGACUUACCUCAACCAGUUUCUCCCGGAAGACAAGAAAUUGAUAUACAAAGCAUGGGACAUGAGUCGUGCUGCGAAGAGCCGUGAUCAAGACGUGAUCCAGACACUUGAGGAUAUUGCUGGCGAGAUCAUACCAAAGACGGGAUUUUUCAAGAAUGCUCAGGAUGUGGAAAGUGGUCUGAAACUUCAAAACGGGGUGGCACGAACAAAUUGCAUCGAUUGUUUGGACAGAACCAACGCGGCCCAAUUCGUCAUCGGCAAAAGAGCUCUUGGAUACCAGCUUCACGCGCUUGGCGUUAUUGACGAAACUUCGAUUGAAUUUGAUUCUGAUGUGGUCAAUCUCUUUACUACGAUGUGGCAUGACCACGGAGACACCAUCGCUAUUCAAUACGGAGGCUCUCAUUUGGUUAAUACCAUGGCUACCUAUCGCAAAAUUAAUCAGUGGAGCAGUCACUCGCGGGAUAUGGUUGAAAGCUUCAAAAGAUACUACAAUAACUCAUUCCUCGAUGCACAACGACAGGAAGCCUACAAUCUAUUUCUCGGUAACUACAUUUUCGCUCAAGGCGCUCCGAUGCUUUGGGACCUGACGACCGAUUAUUAUCUUCACAAUACCGAUCCUCGCUUCCAUUUGGAGAAAAAGCGUCCUAAUUACAUCUCCUGGUACACCCCGGAGCAUCUUGAGGAAAGAACAGUUCCACCGCUCCCAAUCCGACCCAAGGAGCCAAUCUCACAUUUUGACGAUUACUGGCUUGAGUACUACCGGCCGCUCAACAUCUCCACGAUGUCAAAGAUCUUUUCUUACAAGAUGAACUCGACCUUGCGCUAUCUCCCUCAGCUUCGCUCUGGAAGCUCCGGCCCUGACCUCAGCCCAUUUGUGCCACGAAUUGCUCAAGAUCAGCUUCAACGGGAUCGACCUCCACCACGAACCGUGAGAAUUCAAGAGCCAGGCGAUCAGACCUCCCAACAGAUUCCCGCAAUAUCAGAAACCCGCGAGGAGAGCGACAAUUGGAAGCACCAACCUCCCUCGUCUACCAAACAAGCUCCAUCUGUUGGCAUCAUGAGGGAGCCUGCAUUUGAGCUCAAUCAAGACACUAUCAUUCCUCCAAUCAACCCUCCCUCCACUUCAGCCACCAAACCCAGCAAGGCACAAAUCGCUCAAUGGACCCUGGGACAGUUAGUCAGCGAUUCCUUGAAUCCUUCUGUCACCUCCGCAGAAGCGGAAGAGUACGAGCGAUACAUCAACCAUCCUCUCAAGGUACCCCUCGUCGUUACCUCGGAGGAUGAAAUGACUGCGAUGUCACUUCGAGAGCACGGUGGCAAUCUUGAUCUUCUGGAAUAUGUCAAUAAAUGCAAAAUUGAGGACGCGGUUCUCGAAGCUAACGCGGAGGAGGAUUUGGCGGAAUACGCCGAAUUCCUGAAUGUUUCGGAGGAAGGGUUGACCGUUGUGAGUGAGGAUUACCAGAAGAAGCGCUACAAGCGCUAUCGCCAGUGGUUGCGCGGCAAAAGCCUGUUUAAACAACGAGUUGAUCCGUGA